CUCGCCCACUGCAGCCGCAACCCCGCCAGGCUCUGACUCCGCUACCCAUCGUGAUGGCGUCGCUCAUUGUGAAGGCGUACCUUCUGGGAAAGGAGGACGCGGCCCGCGAGAUCCGCCGCUUCAGCUUCUGCUUCAGCCCUGAACCCGAGGCGGAGGCUGAGGCCACAGAGGGCCUCGGUCCCUGCGAGCGGCUGCUGAGCCGGGUGGCCGCCCUGUUCCCUGCGCUGCGGCCGGGUGGCUUCCAGGCGCACUACCGCGAUGAGGACGGGGACUUGGUUGCCUUUUCCAGUGAUGAGGAACUGACGAUGGCAAUGUCAUAUGUGAAGGAUGACAUCUUUCGUAUUUACAUUAAAGAGAGGAAGGAGUGCCGGCGGGACCAUCGCCCCCCAUGUGCUCAGGAGGCACCCCGCAACAUGGUGCACCCCAAUGUGAUCUGUGAUGGUUGCAAUGGUCCGGUGGUGGGGACACGGUACAAGUGCAGCGUCUGCCCUGAUUACGACCUGUGUGCGGGCUGCGAAGGGAAAGGCAUGCACAGGGAGCACAGCAAGCUCGCCUUCCCCAGCCCCUUCGGGCAUCUCUCUGAGGGAUUCUUUCACAGCCGCUGGCUCCGGAAGCUGAAACAUGGGCAUUUUGGAUGGCCUGGCUGGGAGAUGGGCCUACCUGGGAACUGGAGCCCACGUCCUCCUCGGGCAGGGGAUGCCCACUCCAGCCCCACAGCAGAAUCCGAGGAUCCCAGUGUGAAUUUCCUCAAGAACGUUGGGGAGAGUGUGGCAGCCGCCCUCAGCCCCCUGGGCAUUGAGGUCGAUAUUGAUGUGGAACAUGGAGGGAAAAGAAACCGCCUGACCCCCGUCUCUCCAGACAGCUCCAGCACAGAGAAGAAGUGCAACUCUCAGCCAAGAAGCGGUUCUUCUGACCUCAGCAAACCAGACAGUGUCAUGGAAGGAGCAGCACAGUCUCUUAUGGAAAAAAUGAACAAGAUAACUCUGCAGUCGGGUGCACAGCCUGAGGAACAGAUGGAGUCUGAUAAUUGCUCGGGAGGAGACGAUGACUGGACUCAUUUGUCUUCAAAAGAAGUGGACCCAUCUACAGGUGAACUCCAGUCUCUACAGAUGCCCGAAUCUGAAGGGCCAAGCUCUCUGGACCCUUCCCAGGAGGGACCUACAGGGCUGAAGGAAGCUGCAGUGUACCCACAUCUACCACCAGAAGCUGACCCCCGGCUCAUUGAGUCCCUCUCCCAGAUGCUGUCCAUGGGGUUCUCUGAUGAAGGCGGCUGGCUCACCAGGCUCCUACAGACCAAGAAUUACGACAUUGGGGCUGCCCUGGACACCAUCCAGUAUUCAAAGCACCCACUGCCCUUGUGACAGUUUUUGCUCUCUGAUUAUCUGUCCCCUCACUUAUCUCAUAGUUGUGUUGAGCUAGUGUAGAAUUCCAGCGCCUCUGUAAGGGCUAGUUUCUCUGCAUUCUUCUUUCAGAAUCGGGGAGGGGGGUGGGAUGCAUAAAGCUACUUAGAGCAGUAGGACAAGUGACACGAGGAAGGAGUUCCAAAUGUGAUGAUGUCUGAAGAGUGUUUACCGGCUUCCUUUAGGUGUCCAGCUUCUUGUAGCCCAGGUGGGCUGGUAGGCAUCUUGGGGCAGAGCGAGGCUCCUCAUUGGGGAGGAUGCUGAGGCCAUCCACCUUAUUUAACUGCUCUCUGCCCACCAGGAUUACACCAGCAGUUCAGAAUACAUCUUGCCUAAUGGCUGUCUGCUUUUUCUUUUUUAAAAUGACUAAUAGAACACUGAAAUGUAGUUGAUUUUCUGCUAGAAACCUUAUAUACUCCAAAUUUAGCUGGAAUAUUGCCAACAUCUUGUCAGGAAGGAGGAAGCUGUCCUGGAGCAAGUACUGGAGGACAGGACAGCCCAGGACGGGGCUUCAUAUCUGGGAAUAGGAAGGGUGACAGGGGAACUGAUGGUGGUUACUGAGCCAUUAUGGUUCUCUCAUUUCCAAAUGUGUCACCUAUUUUUAAAGUAAGAAGAUCCCUUUGUAGCCAUUCUGUUAGCAUAUCUGUAAACCAUCUGUAACUAAAUGGUAUAAGCACCUUAAUCAAAGAUGUUGCAAUGAGA